AUUUCAUAUAUAUUAUCUCGGUGGUUCUGGGUGUAUUAAUAACCGCCAGCUGCCACUGGUCUGUUAUCUUUUGGUCUCAAUCAGUGUCUGAGUCCUUAGGCAACAACCUCGCUGCCUUGCCUUUGUUAUAUAGUCUUGAAUGCCCUUGUACCUUUUGAGAUUGAACCCACCCAUCCUGCGUCGAUCCGCUACCCUUCUAGCCCCUAUCUAUCUACCCUAAUUGAUCACGCUCGCUGCUCGCAAGCCGCAAUGGACUCCUACUCCCCGGCUCAAGACCCUCCCCGACAACCAACCGGCACCUUCAACCUAACAGGCCUCCCAACGGAGCUCCACAUGCAGAUCUCCUCGUACCUCUCAUAUCCAGACGCUCUGGCUCUCAAACACACCAGCCAGCACUUCUACUCGCUCGUGUACACCGGCGUGCACUUGAAAGUCGACUGGCUGGUGGAGCGAUUCGAGCGCAAACUCGAGUGUCCGAUGGAGAAGUGCUCGUUUCGAACGGACGAGUCGUUCUGCAAUUGGCGCAUUCGGCGCAUCAUGGACCGUAGACGGCGGCAUUUGGAGUGUCAGCGCGGACGGGGCGGGUGUUUUGUCAUCCCCGGGGAGACUUGUCAGGUGGGAUUGGUGUCGGCUUGGUUGAAGGGUCGGGGGCGGAGGUUGAAGGUCGUGAGAUAUGUUGGGAAUGAAGUGUUGAUACAUGCGCUGAUUUUUCUGUGCAUCCAUCUGAUUUGGAACUUUUUUCUGAGGCAAUUCCUCCUGCCAAGUCUAUCAUGACUCGCUUGAAUGCGACCUAUACAAUGGUGGCUGUUUGCCACUUGAUCUAUCAGAUACCUCCUAUACCCCUGAUGGUAUCAAAGCUGCUGGCCAGCUUUUGUACCAUUACUCUGGUUCCUAUACAUCGGGUCU